AUGCCAGUGGCCUACACAUUUCCAGCUCUUCCUUCUUCUUCUUCUAUGCUCUGCGGAUUCUCUAAUCGCGGCACCAGCAUCAUCGUAGAUCGCCCGGAGGUUCAGAUCUCAGGUGUCACCGCCGUGCGUUCUGAAUUCGGAGAACUCGACGGUCUUAGUUGCACUUUCCGGCGGUUUCGCCGGGAAGGGCGGAAGAGGUUGAAUGCUGCUGGUGCUGGUGGUGGUACCCACGUCGUCGAUAAUGCGCCGUCUCGUACUUCUUCCCUCGCUGCAUCUACCUCUACUAUCGAAAUCCCGGUUACUUGUUACCAGCUAAUCGGAGUUUCUGAUCAAGCUGAGAAAGACGAGGUUGUGAAGUCGGUGAUAAAUCUGAAAAAAUCCGAUGCUGAAGAGGGUUAUACAAUGGAGGCUGCAGUAGCUCGCCAGGAUCUUCUCAUGGAUGUGAGGGAUAAACUUCUUUUCGAACCCGAAUAUGCUGGUAACGUAAAAGAAAAAGUUGCUCCUAAAUCUCCUCUCAGAAUUCCGUGGGCAUGGUUGCCUGGUGCUCUAUGCCUUCUUCAAGAGGUUGGAGAAGAAAAACUCGUGCUGGAUAUUGGUCGGGCUGCUCUCAGGCACCUUGAUUCGAAGUCAUAUAUUCAUGAUAUAUUUUUGUCUAUGGCACUUGCUGAGUGUGCGAUCGCCAAGGCUGCUUUCGAGGCUAACAAGGUCUCUCAAGGAUUUGAAGCUCUUGCUCGUGCUCAGUCUUUUCUGAAGAGUAAAGUUACUCUUGGGAAACUCGCAUUGUUAUCUCAGAUUGAAGAGUCCUUGGAGGAGCUUGCACCCCCAUGCACAUUGGAUUUAUUGGGCCUGCCUCCCUUGCCAGAGAAUGCUGAGAGGAGACGAGGUGCUAUUGCAGCGCUACGGGAACUUCUCAGACAGGGCCUUGAUGUUGAAGCUUCGUGUCAAAUUCAAGACUGGCCGUGCUUUUUGAGCCAGGCAAUUAGCAGGCUCUUGGCCACAGAGAUUAUUGAUCUUCUUCCAUGGGAUACUUUGGCCAUUACACGGAAGAAUAAAAAAUCACUUGAAUCCCACAAUCAAAGAGUGGUAAUUGAUUUCAAUUGUUUCUACAUGGUGUUGGUUGCUCAUAUCGCUGUUGGAUUUUCAGGCAAGCAAAAUGAUAUGAUUAAUAAGGCAAAAUCUAUAUGCGAAUGUCUCAUAGCAUCAGAAGGUGUUGAUCUGAAAUUUGAGGAAGCUUUUUGCUCAUUUCUUCUAAAACAGGGUACCGAGGCAGAGGCCCUUGAAAAACUUAAGCAGCUGGAAUCAAAUUCAGAGACUGCCGUUCGUAAUUCAAUCUUGGGCAAAGAGUUGAGAAGUACUUCUGCUGCACCAUCAUUGGAAGCGUGGCUAAAGGAGUCUGUGCUUGCUAACUUUCCAGACACAAGGGACUGUUCUCCAUCUUUGACCAACUUUUUCCGUGCUGAAAAGAAGUAUACAGAAAACAAGAAAAUGGGGUCACCUACAAUACUUAACCACAAGACGAACCAAAGACCAAUUUCCACUAUGCAGUUUGGGAACUCGUCACAACAUCUUUAUGCAGCUGUCGAGCAGUUAGCACCAACAGAGUUGCAGAGCCCAGUGGCACCAGCUAAGAAUACUGAAGAAAGCGGUGCCACUAUGCCAUCGGUUCAGCUGAAGAGGAACCUCGGUAGACAGCAAAAUAAAAUAUGGGAUGGUUGGCUCUCUCAGAGCAGUUUUAUCAGAAGGUUAUCUGCUGUUGCUCUAUUGGGCUGCACCGUGUUCGUCUCUCUUAAGCUAACAGGGAUGAGGUCUGGUAGAUUACAGAGCCUGCCUAUAUUGUUUCCUGCAAAACCGCACUCGGAAUCAGAUUCUUUUCUGUUGAAAACAGAGUCUGGGAAUUUCAGAAGAAACCUUGCUUCUUCUGUUAAUAGAAAUGGUAUCGUGGGCAACAUCAAAACGCUUUUGGACAUGUUUAACACGCAUCAUGGGGAACAUCCAGCUGCGUUGUCUCAGUCCUCGUCAGAAGUGCACAAGAGACCAAUGGUUACAGAAGACGCCGAAGAGCUUGUGAGACAGUGGGAAAAUACAAAGGCUGAAGCUCUUGGACCAACACAUCAAGUAUAUAGUCUCUCCGAAGUCCUUGAUGAAUCCAUGCUUGUCCAGUGGCAAACAUUGGCACAAACAGCGAAAGAUAAAUCCUGUUAUUGGAGAUUCGUUUUGCUUCAUCUUGUGAUUUUGCAAGCACACAUAUUCCAGGAUGAUAUUGGUGGUGAGGUUGCAGAAAUUGAGGCUCUUCUAGAGGAAGCAGCAGAAUUAGUUGACGAAUCUCAGCCCAAAAACGCAAAAUAUUACAGCACUUACAAAAUCCGCUAUACUCUGAAGAAGCAAGAAGAUGGAUCGUGGAAAUUCUGCCAAAGUGAUAUUCAGUUACAGAAAUAA